CCGUAUUCUGUAGCGGUUCCUUUGGGAACCGGUUCCUUUGGGCUGUUGCCAUUGGUCGGCGUUUCGUUGUCGUCAUCCCUGGUGGGCGGGACGACAAAUUUUGAUGACGUCACACAGGUUGCCAAUCUUCUGGAAAGGAACCGGUUCCCUGCUAGGAGAGGAACCGCGGAGAAGUGGUUCUCUCGAGGGUCGCGCGCGGGGGCGAGCAUGAUGUCGAGGGUUGCUAGGGCAACCGUGGCUGCCGGCUAACCUCGCGCCAGCUGACGAGCCGGCACCUAGACGAGACGAGACAGAGACGGCAAUGGCGGCUCCUUUGGUUGUGUUGCUGGGGAGUGCCGAAAGACAACGACGCGACGAGAGGCAACGACGCGACGCGUUCGGCAUGGCCGAAGAAGAGUUUCGAAGGCAUUUUAGGCUCUCCAAAGACAUAGUGUGACGUCUUUGCGAUGAGCUGGAAGGACAUCUCGGACCUCAAAGAUUUCGUGGUGUCGACAUUACGAUGAAAGUGCUGUGCGCGCUGCGGUUUUUUGCCACCGGGAGCUUUCAACAGUGCGUCGGGAAUGAAGAAGCGAUUGCACUGUCGCAGCCUUCGAUCAGCCGGAUCAUUACAGCCGUCGCCAAGGCCAUUACGGUUGUGGGCAAAGAAAAAGGAUGGGUUAGAUUCCCAUCCACGGCGCAACAGAAAGCCGCCGUCAAGGAAGGCUUUCUUAGCCGUGGAAAAAUUCCAGGAGUUCUAGGAUCUGUGGACGGGAGUCUGAUAGCCAUCGUUCGCCCUAAGAAGCUCGGCCCCGGCGAAACGGAAUCGUACUGGAGCCGUAAAGGGUAUUACGCCCUCAACUGCAUGGUCGUGUGUGAUGCAAAGCUGAAUAUCCUGGCAAUUGACCCACGGUUUCCGGGAUCGUGCCACGAUUAUUUCGUUUGGAGGCAUUCUGCAUUUCGCCGCCGCCUCACUCGUGGCCUGUUACUUCAUGGAGAAGUCUUGCUUGCGACAUGUGGUGCUGGAGUGAUUAUAAAGGAUCAAAUGGGUAGCUCGAGUUCGGGUACCUUCACGAGAAGAGGUACGAAAAGUAGAGUAAGGAUCCCAGAUACUGGCAGCAUAUUCGAGAGUAGACCUUAGAGUAGACCUUAAAAU